UCUUCCACUAAUGAACAACAUCAUCAAUUCGAUUCCCAAAUUUAUCGAUUGAUAAACCCUAAAAGUCUGAUCUUGAUCUCUGGGCAUUGUUCAAAGCUGAUCCUCUUUCGGAAAAAUGUCAUCUGUUGGAACAUCGAAAGGGGUUCUGGAGAUCGUCAAGUUCGGUGUCUAUGUCGCUGUUCCGAUCGUCCUUAUGUACACAUUCGCCAACAACAGCACCAAUAUCAAGAAAUUCAUGGGCAAUCGUUCAUAUGUUGUUUAUCCUGAAGAGGCACCUAGACCUCCUUCACCCGAUGAGCUAAGAGAGAUGGCACGAGAGCUUGCCCGUAAGAAGAACAUCCGGUGAGUUUAUGAGAUGGAAUCAUAUACAAAUGUUUGAUGUUAUCUGUAAUAGUAAACUGCUCGGCGUAACAACUGGUAAUAAAGGUAAUGUUAUGUUGUUGAUUCCUGUAAGAUCAUAAUGGGAUUGUAUAAGAAAAAGAGCAAUAAUGACGAAGAGGAAACAUUUCUUUUGUUACAUAUUUUGUGAUUUGUGCACAUCAAUGAAUGAAGUCUGUAACAUUUUCAAAUAAAAUUACAAAAUCAAAGAUACACAACCACAGCUUCAUGUCAUUGUGUGAUUUGUUAACGGCCAUAUUUCGGGCCUCUAAAUUUCAGUGUGAGAAGAUUUUUUUUUUGGACAAAUGUAAGAAGAUUUCUAAAAAUACUACAAAGUUGAGUAAAAAGGGUAAUUGUGAAAAUACUCUUAAAGGAAAAAAAUGCAUGUUUUUGUAAAAAUGUC